CGGGGAUAAAUACUAUACAAAGAAGAAAACAUUAUUGAGGAGGUGUAGUAGUCUGGCGUACCAAGUGGUCCGUGUUGGUCUGCAGGAACCUCAGUGAAGGUCCAGACUCCACCUGGGCAGCAGCACCCGUGGAUACUCUCUCGCCGAAGAAAUAGUUGGAGUAGCGGACGAUGUUCUGGUGGCUGAUGGUGGUGGUGGCGCUGGUGGCGCCCCUGGACGCUCAAAUUAACUUUCCGGGUCAAGGAGGAAGGCCAGGUGGCAGGCCAGGAGGCAGGCCAGGAGGCAGGCCAGGGGGCAGUUCACCAGCACAAGGAGGUGGCUGUAACUGCGUGUUCAUUGCGGCCUGCGCACCAUACGUUGACCAGAUCCAACAAGAGUGUGACCUGGGCGGUGGUGUUCCUGGAGUCUGUUGUCCUGUGUCUGCUGCUGCCGCUGGUGCUUCACCCCAGACCGUCGCCACCAAAACAGUUUUCUCUCAAGCAAGUGUCAAUGUAAAAUUACCAACUUUAGACUCUGGGAAGAUUCCGCAGUCUCUCAGUGUUGGACUCAACUAUCCCAGCGAAAUUAAUCGGGUCGAGCAGAACAUUAUUAGGAACUCCGUCGUCCUGCCCAGGUUCUCACCAGCUGGUCAACAUCUUCGAGUCUUCAUCAUUAACGAAGGAGCGAAGGAAAUGGAUCGCAACGCCAUGGCUAUUAUCACCGCUUCUAGCGAACUAGCAAAAGACUUUAGUUUAACACCAAGAUUAGCAUCUUUUGGUCUGAGGGACAUGCCGGUGAGCGGUACAAGUCUUGCUAGUUUUUGUCCUCGGGAUCCCACUUGUACUCCCAACGCCAAGUACCGUACAGCUGAUGGAUCUUGCAACAACCUUGCUAACCCAUCCUGGGGCAAGAGCAACACACCCAACCAGAGGAUCUUACCACCAACUUAUGCUGACGGUGUGUUUGAGCCUCGCUCCACAGCAGUUGAUGGUUCUCCUCUCCCCAAUGUGCGUCGCAUUAGCAGUAACGUUUUACUAGACGUAAAUCAACCAGACGAGAUCUACACAUUUUCCCUCAUGGCGUGGGCACAGUUCACUGACCAUGAAUUUGCUCAUGUUCCUUUCCCUACUAUGGAUAAUGGAGAUGGAAUUGAAUGUUGCCCCAAUGGAACGCUGGUAGCUGAGAACUUGCGUCAUCCAAGAUGCUUUCCCAUUGAUCUUUCUGGUGACCCCUUCUAUGGUCCUUUAGGCAGGACCUGCAUGAACUUAGUCAGGAGCAUGGUUGCUGUGGGAACCGGCUCAAACUGUGUGUUUGGUUAUGCUGAGCAGCUGAACCAGCUUACACACUGGAUAGACGGCUCUGUCAUAUACGGCUCCACUGCUGACCAGACACGGGACUUGAGAUCAUUCAGGAACGGACUCAUGAAGACCUCCGGUAACAAUCUCUUACCAAUAAAUAGCGAACAGGGAGGAGAUUGCGAGGCUCGGGAACGCGGAGCUCUCUGUUUCGCUGCAGGCGACUCACGAGUGAACGAGCAGCCUAUCUUGACCGCCCUUCACACCUUGUGGGUGAGAGAACACAACCGUGUAGCAGGAGAACUUCAGAGACUGAACCCCCAGUGGUCGGACGAAGCUGUCUUCCAGGAGACCCGCAGGAUCAUCAUUGCCCAGCAACAACACAUUCUUUUCAACGAGUGGCUCCCCAUCAUCAUAGGAAGGGAUUUCAUGAGAUCCUUCGGUCUUAGUACACUUCCAUCAGGCUUCAGCAACGACUACAACCCCAGAAUCAACCCCAACAUGAACAAUGAAUUCUCAGCAGCAGCCUUCAGGUUUGGACACACACUGGUGCAAGGGAUUAUUCGAUUGUUCAAGGCAAAUGGCGGUGUGAACACCAUCAGGCUCCGCGAUCACUUUAACUCUCCUCAUCUCAUAGAGUUAGAAAAUCGACUGGACGAAUUAGUUCGAAGCUUCACACAAUAUUCUGUACAGAAGUUUGACUCCUUCAUUACUCAGGACUUGUCCAACCAUCUGUUCCAGACUCCCAGAUUUAACUUUGGCAUGGACUUGAUGAGUCUGAAUCUUCAACGUGGCCGCGACCACGGCAUCGCCACCUACAACAGCUUCCGAGAGCUCUGUGGUCUGCCGCGCGCCCGUACCUUCAACGACCUCACAGAUCAGAUCAAUCCUGAAAACGUUCAAAAACUGGCCAGAGUUUAUAAGAGCGUUGAUGAUAUUGACUUCUUCGUGGGUGGAAUCACUGAGAGGUCGGUCCCUGGCAGUCUCCUGGGCUGGACCUUCCUGUGUGUCGUGGGAGACCAGUUCGCCAGACUUAAGAAGGGAGAUCGAUACUUCUACGACCUCGGAGGACAACCAGGCUCCUUCAGCGAAGCUCAGUUGCAGCAGAUCCGUCGCUCCUCUUGGGCCAGGAUCAUAUGUGACAACUCUGACGUUGGCGCCGUCCAGCCACUAGCUUUCAGACAGACCAACAACAGAUUUAAUCAGCCAGUGCCGUGCAACAGUCCAAAAAUUCCGCAACCUGACUGGACACCUUGGCGCGGGGAGAGAGCUGCUGCUUAGCUCUGAUGGGCUGUAGCUCCUGACUCCUCUGAUGGUACCUUACUACUAGUUCAUCUGAGAGUUCUCGUUCUUUGUUCCUAGCUACUUCGCUGUGCCCUAGUUUGUCUGCUGCGUCUUAACUUGUGUGCUGCGUCCUAGCUCCCUUCAUAGUUUCUUCAUUUUUUUAUUGUUAUUUCCUUGUCAGUUGUUUAUCCACAACUGAUCCUUUGAACGUUACCACAAAAUGGAUUGCAGGGAUCACGAAUUGUUUUCAUCAUAGCAAGCUAAGUAAAUAAUUGUAUCUUUGAAUUGCAAAGCUUGUAACCUCUUAUAAUACCUUUUAGUUGCUGAGAAUAUAAAUUCAGCCCCAGGAUUUCAGAAAUCUUCAUAAUGAAAUGAUCUUCUAUCUCUUCUUUGGUGUGUUUGGACUACCCAUCAAAAGUUGUAUUUAUGGAGUCUCAUAAAUGUGCUCUGGUAUAUAACUGCAGUAUGAACUAGCCACCAAUUAUUAAAUUGUUUUGUAAUCAUGAUUGUCACAACUAGGGACUUUUCUUGUCAUUUUAAAUAAACAUUAGAAAAUUA